AUGAGUCUAAAGAGAAGUAGAGUUGAGUAUGAAUCAGCUGCUGAUGAGGGAGCAGGCAGCAGCAGCACGAUCUGUCAAAGGGAGACUAAGAAUAUAAAGAGUGAUACAGAGGCUAUAUCAGAGAGGACACUGCGACUGAUGAAAAAGAGUAACAGCAAUGUCAACGCCACUCCCGCCAACGUCAUUGUCAACGGUAACAGCAAUAGUAUAGCCAACAACAACAACAACAACAAGAAUAAUAAUGUAAAUAAUAAUAAUGUAAAGAAUAAUAAUAGUAAUAAUAAUAAUAGUAAUAAGAAAGAUGUUGAGAUGUUGGUUGAGAAUAUAGAGUUCUCUGAUCACUUUAAGAAUGGAAAGAAGGGCAACUGUAGAGUGUGCUCGGGCAACUCAACAACAGUGUGCCAAUGUCCAUCGUGCAGUCACAAUCUAUGCUCGAGAUGUGCUCGUCGCUGCAACACCUGCUCAGAUGUCUUUUGUCGUCUAUGUUGCAUUACAAAGGACUCCCAUCAUCAUCAUCAUCUCGAUCAAUGUUGCUCACUUGCUCAAUGUUGCGAUAUUCAUUCAUACUCUGACUGUGACUCUGAUUCCGACUCUGACUCUGACUCUGACUUUGACAAUUGCCAUGAACAUUGUUGA